AUGGCUCCUAUCAAAGCUGCUGCGGAUGGAUAUUUCUACGUCCUGGGCACCGACGGCACGAGGCUGCGCUGCCGCCUCCUGCUGGGCGGCCCCCGUGGAGACAACUCGCUAGACCCUCGCGCCCGCACGGCGAUCUGUUUGCACGGUGUGGGCGCCAACCUCGGGUUUUGGGAGGAAGGAGUUUUCAGGACCAAACCCUUCCAGCCGGAGGCCUUCGGAGAUUUGGACCUCUCCGACGCGGGCCCGGCAGAUGAAGUGCGGCGCGCAAAGUUCGCGCGGGCGCUGGCGAGGCGAAUCAACGUGGUGAUCAUGGACCAGCGUGGCUUUGGGGCUUCCGACCGCCCGAGGACUCUGGCGCCCAUGGUGGACGAAACCAUCACCCUCCUCAGCCGCUGGAGGGUGCCAGAUCUCGGAGCCUUCACCGCGGCUGCCCGGGCCGAGCUGCGCCUGGCGCAAGCCUGCGGGGCCGCGGCGCACUGCGUCUCCCUGCGCCAAGGCGUGGCGAGCGUGCGGCUGAGCUUCUGGAGCCUUCGCUUCCUAGGGGCCUUCAUGGGGUCGCUGCCCAGCCUGGAGCAGCGACUGGAGACCUGCCCCGGUGCCACACUGGAGUUGAUGGAGGUCUUGGGCCCCAGGCAGCGCUUGCAGGAGCUGAGCUACUUGCAGCAGCCGGCCUUGGAAAAGGCGCCCAAGCUUACAAGGAGCUCGGCAUCCUUUCACAACGACGUCUUGUCCAGCGACGCCUUGCACGUGGCAGUAGUGCACCGUUUCAGGAAGUUCAACUCGGACGCCUGCGAGCAGUUUGUGCAGGAGGUCAAGGACAACGACAGCUACUGCAUAUCGCUGAGCAUGUCCGCCUCAGAGGAGACACUGGUCCUCAUAGGCGUCUUCCAGCAGAUGGAGGCGGCAGAGGCCUAUGCGCAGCGCUCCAAGAGCCUGGGUGAGGCGGAGAUCCAAGUCCACGCGCGGACGGCGGAGCUGAAGAAACUUAAGGAUCAAAGCCUCGACCGCUUCCAGGUCUUCCCGCUCUCCUAUGAGGACAAGCACACCACCGACAGGAGCGUCAACAUGAACGACCUGGUCUCCGACGUGGAAGAGGUCCGCCGCUUCUUCUGCGGCACGGGGCAGGUCAGCAUUUGCGGGCACUCCAUGGGGGCGGCCGUCGGCUUGCAGUAUGCGGUGCAGUACCCACAGCACGUGGAGCGCCUGUGCUUGUGCGCGGCAGCGCCCCGAGUGGGCCAAGCCGCCUACGACAAUUGGAUGAGGAUUGCCGGGGAUGCGCGAACCUGGGAGUCGCACGUGAUCCGCGGCGUGGUGGCGGUGGUGAACAUCCCAGACGAGCUGAUCCGGCAAGUCGCGGUGGGCACGCUGCUGAUCAACGCCAAGGAUGACAAGCUCACGCCCGUCAUCGGAUCUGAGAUGGUGAACGCCAAUCUUCAAAGGUCUAUCCUGUACGUGCCGGAGACCGGGGGCCACAAUUGCCAGAUCACCAGCGACGAGGCCAUGGAGCGCACCGCGCAGUUCCUCAUGGCGGACCCGGCCAUGCUCUUCGUGGUGGACAAACUUCUGCAGGAGCAGCUGGUGAACACCUGGAAUCUCCCAGGCGACCAGAACUUCUUGCGCUACUAUCACUGCGGCCGCGCCUUGGCAGAAGUCGAGCGCUUGGAGCGCGGCUUCCGCGUUUGGUCACCGGCGGUGGGCAAAGUGGAGGCGGAGCAGGCAAAACGCCGCGUGGAGGAGGAGUUGAAGAGGAUCGCAUCACGGCUGGGACUCGCAGAGACAGAAGUCCGCAAGGCAAUCCUGGCUGAAAUGGUGCGCAUGACCAGCCGCAUGUCCACCCCUGCGCGCGAAGUAGUAGAGAAGGCUGCCGUGUGGUGGCGCGACUCGGGGGCGGCGGAGAAGCUGCCGGAGAAGAAGGGCUACUCGGUGGAUGCCUGGGGACGACGCCGGGGCGGCAGCACACAAGGUGCUUGCCACGUGUUCCGCUACGACCUAUCCGCGCUGCCAGUGAGAGUCAAGGCGAGCCUGGCUGAGAAGCAGAAGACGGACAUGAGCGGCUUCGCCUGCCAGUGGUGCGGCGGGCCCCCUUCGGCGCACCAGGACGUGGGCGCAGCCAACGAGGAGGAGCUCCGACAGCAGCGGGCGGUGGCGCUGAUGGCGAAAGCGCAACUCGCUGCCGAGGAGAUGAAGGCGAACACGGCGCAGGAGCUGAAGGCCCUGGCAGACGCGGAAAGCCGCGACACCUUGGAAGCUGGCCAGGGGAGCUAUGUGCAGAAGGACUGCCCCUGGAUGCCGGGGCUCAAAGCCUUGGGCGCCUCGCGCCAAGAGCAGGAUGCCUUGCUGCAGAGCUUGCGCUUGGAGCUGCAGUCUGAGGAGCUCAGGCGUUGGGCCGGGAGCUGCGACUUGGUGGCGCUGCAGGAGGUGGACACCUCCCUGCGCCAGGCCCUAGGAGAUGCGACCUGGGUGGAGAGCGCCUGGCACGUGGACGGCCGCGGAGUGCGUGUGGACUCCCGGGUGGCGCUGCUGCUGCCGGCGGGCUCCAAGCUCCACGUGGAGCGAACGGCUCAUUGUCAACUCCGGGUGCCCUUGAGAAGUGGGCGCGGCCAUGCGGAGCGGGACCACGCGGCGGCUGUGAUGUCGAGCGACGGCCAAAGCCUUGCUGUGUGCUCGGUGCACUUGCACCCACCUACCACAAGCUCCGCGGUGGCAUACGUGGAGUACCUGGCUCCGCUGAAAGAGAUGCUGCUUGACCUGGCGCCGCUUCCAAAACCCAUCGCCUUGCUGGGAGACUUCAACGUCUCCCCCGCCAGCUUCGCGAAGCUCACGGCUGAGGAUGGGUUCUGGCGAGCCUUCACGCCGGUCUGCCCGACGACUGCCACGGCCUUCGAGACCAACCCCUGUCCGACCGGGGACUACAUGCUCUUCCGCGCGGAUGGCACCGGCGUACCAGCAGGCUGGCGCUGCGAGGCGCUGGGCGCCGAGAGCUUUCAGGGCUUCCGAAGCUUCUGCCGGCUGGUGCUGGCGGAUUCCGCCGGGCGCCUGCCGUGGCUGCGGGCGGCGCAGGCGGCCGAGCGGGCGCUGCAGAGCAGCCGGCAGGCGGAGAGGCAGCUGCAGGACCUGAUCCCUCGCACUCCGCCGACCCGAAGCGGCACAAGCGGACCGGUCCCGCCGGUCCUGCCGGUUCGAGCCGGGCUGCGCGUGCCGCCGCCGCCGCCUGCACGGGAGGAGAAGGUGAGGCCGAUGCUGGAGCAACUCCGCGCCGUGUCCACGCAGCUGGAGGUUCAGGCGCAAGAGUUGUCUCGCGCCACAGAAAGUCAGGGCGUGGCCUUGCCCAAGGGCUUGGAGUCUUCGGACCAUAGGCCGCUGAUCUUUGAGACCAUCGUGGAGUAG